AUGUGGCUGGCUCUGGCUCUGCUCUCCGUGCUCCACGGGAUGGCAGCUGGGGAAUGCUUCUUGAAUUCCCCAUAUCCCAAGAAUCCAGAGGCAAGGAUGAACAUUAGUGAAAUGAUCUCCUUCUGGGGUUACCCCAGCGAGGAGUAUGAUGUGGUGACAGAAGAUGGCUACAUCCUUCAGCUGAACAGGAUUCCUCAUGGCAGGGGAAAUUCUGGGUGCCAAGGUGUGAGGCCCGUGGCACUCCUGCAGCAUGGUUUCCUUGCAGAAGGCAGCAUCUGGCUCACCAACUUGGCCAACAACAGCCUGGGCUUCAUCCUGGCAGAUGCUGGCUACGAUGUCUGGGUAGGAAACAGCAGAGGGAACACCUGGUCCAGGAGGCACCAGGUGCUGACCACCACACAGGAUGAGUUCUGGGCUUUCAGCUUCGAUGAGAUGGCUAAAUAUGAUCUCCCAGCCAUGAUCAGCUUUAUUGAGCAGAAAACAGGACAGAAACAGCUCUAUUAUAUUGGCCAUUCCCAAGGCACCACCAUAGGUUUUAUAGCUUUUUCCACUAUGCCUGAGCUGGCUCAGAAAAUCAAGGUGUUCAUUGCUCUUUCACCUGUGACCACGGUGAUAUUUUCUCAGAGCCCAUUUAGGAAACUCUCAGUCUUUUCUGACUCUGGGCUUAAGGAGCUCUUUGGCACCAGGGAGUUCCUGCCCCACACUGCCCUGGGAGAGGUGGUCCUCUCCAGGUUCUGCUCCUGCUCCAAGGUCUGCAAGCACAUCCUGGCUUCAGUUUUCGGGUUUAACUGGAAGAACACAAACAUGAGCCGGUUCGAUGUGUACAUGGGGCACAACCCGGCGGGCUCCUCCGUGCAGAACAUCAUCCACUGGCUGCAGGGAGUCCACGGUGGGGCACUGAGAGCUUUUGAUGGGGGGCACAUGUACAACAGCCUUCACUACAGACAGACCGGGGCCCCGUUCUACGACGUGCAGGACAUGGAGGUGCCCACGGCCAUCUGGAACGCGGGCCGGGACUGCCUGGCCGACCCGCGGGACACGGCGCUGCUGCUGCCCCAGGUCAGGAACCUGGUGCACCACAAGCUCAUCCCCCACUGGAACCACAUGGACUUCGUGCUGGGCCUCGACGCCUACGAGGUUCUGUACCGCGAAAUCCUGGACGUCAUGAAGAAGCACCUCUAA